UAUAUUGGUGAAUUUGGUUCAUUAUUCAUAUAAUUUAUUCUCUUUCUUCUAAAAUAUAUUUUUACUUAACGGUGACCUUAUGAGUCAUUCCAAUAAUAAAAAGACUUCAAAGAAACAGUGGUCACCUACUUCUCAAACACCUUUAUCAACAACUCAACAACAGCAACAACAACAUGUUUCAGGAACAGAUAAACUAACGGUAAUAGUCAACCUUUUUACAGGGUAUUCUUUUUUAUUUCUAACUAUUUCAAGUAAUAAAAUUAGAAACCGAAAAAACGGGACUAUCAAUUAGAACAUAUGGUUCAUGCUCAAUCUGCUACUAUUGAUACCAUUAUGAAAGGUGCAAGUGAUGACACUGCACGACUUAUUUUAUAUCUUCAACAACGAAUUGAAUUGGAAGAAGGAUAUCAAAAUUCAUUAGCAAAAAUUGUUCAUCAUUUAGAAGAGAAUGAAACAACAAAUCCAUUAUAUCAAUCAGCAGUAAAUACUCAUAUACAAAAAAAUAUUACGGAUUAUAUAAAUAUGGGUCAUGCUUUACGUCCUUCACGACAUCAAUUCAUUCAAACUAUGAAAAUUCAAUUACAAACCUUGGUGAAAUUAAAAGAACAACAUGAUCGAUCAAGAAGAUCACAUAGAAAGAACAUGCAUCAAGUUAAUAGUUUAUAUUUGGCCACCCGUUUAGAUGAAUUACCGACCGCAAGAGAUACUUAUUUAUCAAAAUGGGAAGAAAUCGAACGUCAUCAAUCACCUAUACCUUAUUCUCCUUCACCCUUUACACCAACCACUCCAACACAAACCAAUAAUAAUGUCGUGUCACCCCGAACUCAAUUUUUUCCGAAAUCCAUAGCAUUAUCCAAAUCAUCCACUAUUAGUAACAAUAAUCAUGAUGAAACUUCUUCUUCAUCAUCAUCGUCAUCGACAGGACAUCGUCUUUCUGGAGAUGAUGAUGUUUCUAGUCUACCUAUCAACCAAGCAGUAGCUCAAACCAAACUUGAUUCAUCUCCUCCUCCACCAUCACCACAGAAACGGAUUCAUCAAUUCAUGAAAUCCUUUCAAAUCAAUCAUGUACCUGAUCCUGCUAAACAAAAUCUACGUCUAGCUAAACUCAAAGUAGAAAUGAAUGAAGCUGAUUUAACAUAUCGUCGUAUCAUACGGAAAUUGGAUAACUUGACAAAGAAACAACAAGCUGCCAAUGAUUAUGCCAUUAAAGCUCUUCAAACCCAACUUUUGGAAAAAUCAAAUGUGGUAAAACAAGCCAUGAAUGAAAUCUUGAUGGUUGAAUUAAAUCAUGCACAAUAUGGAUCAGAAACCAUUCAAGCUAUGCAACAAUCCAUCACAUCAUUUCAACCUCAACUAGAUCAACAUGUUUUUGAUCAUCUCUUAUCCAAAGACAAAUAUCCUAUGCCAUCCCCUAUUUAUUACAUCAAUCAUCACGUUGGAGAAUGCAAAGAUUUGAUUUUUGGUAUAACGUUAAUGGAAUAUACUCAAUUACGUGGUCGAUCACCUCCUUUGGUUGUUUCACGUUGUAUUGAGGCAGUGGAAAGAUUAGGUGGAUUGGAAAAAGAAGGUAUUUAUCGUGUAUCUGGUAAACAGACUACCAUUGAACGAAUGAAACAAGAAUUUGAACGAGAUGAAGAAGCCAUGACGUUUGGUGAUAAUGAGGAAGUCUUUUGCAUUGCAUCAGUAUUGAAAAUAUUUCUUCGUGAACUUGCUUCCCCUUUAUUUCCUUUUGCGUUACCUGAUCGUAUCACUUAUUCCCAAAUCCCUGAUAAGGAACUUCGUUUGAUGAAUUUGCUAACAAGAAUCCUCAAACUACCUGGACCUAAUUAUGAUACUUUGAAGGCUCUUGUAGAACACUUAUCAAAGCUUGAACCUUUGGUAGAAAAGAACAAAAUGACCAUCUCCAAUCUCUCAUUGAUAUUUACGCCAGCCAUCUUUCAAGAUCAUAAUCAAGUUCAAGUAUCACCAAACGAAUGGAAAAAGGACUGUGUUUUGGAAGACUUGCUAGUCAAUGGGGAAACAUUGUUUGCCGAUAAGGAUUUACGUGGAGCAAGUGCGAUUACUGGCGUCAUUGAUUAUGGAUUUGAAAAGUUAAGUUCAGAUGAUGAUCCAACCAACGAUACCAUCAUUAUGCUCGAUGAUGCGGAAGGCUUAGAUAUGCUGGGUGAAAAGGAUGAAUAUCAUUUACCAACCCCUUAUAGUCCGCCUGCUUAUACAACUUACAUGCAACAACAACAAGGAGAAAAUGAUAUCAUUAUUUCAUCAGAGAAAUCAACCACAAAAGAUAUCACCGUACCUCCUAUGUCAUCGUCCUUACCGUAUACUACCAACGAUCAAACUAAUUCAUCCCCUUCCACUCCAUUACCAUCAAAUGCUAGCGAUAUAGUUCCUGAAUUAUCGACUAGUACUCUUCUUUCUGGAAAAGAAAAACGGAACAGUAAAUUCAGGGCAGUAUCACAAGAUCGAGGAUUGACGGUGGAUACAAAUCAUACAUCCAUCAAGAAAUCAUCCAAUGUACUUAUCAUUGAAGGAUCAAAUCUAGUUGCCGAGCCUGAUGAUUCUCUUCCCAUCACCACCUCUGCGGCUACUAAUGCUGCCACUGCUGUUGUUGUAUCCACAGAUAAUGCUUUCCUUAGCCGACCUCCAAUGACUCCAUCCAUACAAAGCGCCACCGUCCCUUCUCAUGAUUGGUUAAACUACGAUCCUGAACCCUCUCACAAAAUGACCGAUACUACCGCUGCAUUACGUCGAUCUGCCACCACCGGUCGUACUCCAUUAUCUAAACGUAAUAAGCAAAAUACUGUUCCACGUCUACCUACCAAACCAUCCACCUCAUCUACUACUCAUCAACAACAUUCCUUGUAAAUUCUAGUAUCUAUAUAUUCCCUAUUAGCAAAAAAAAAAAAGUAGCUUGUACUUUUCUUAAAACUAUUAUAUCUUUAUAUUAUACAUUGUUUCUAUAUUAUAUUAUUAAACAGAACUUGCUUCCUUUUUUUUUUUU